AUGCACGCAACGGUCAAAACCACCAUCGGAAACACAGAAGACCGGAGGACUGCAAGCGACAUGCAAUGCAGUAGGCAGCUUUUGCGCGAGGUAGGUGUCCAUGUAAACUGGAUCCGCCGGGAGCAGCUGCUUGUGGAUUGUCCAAUGAAGACAAUGAAGGGAUUUGGCAACAUCGUGCUUUUGACCGAGAGUCGGGACCACCUUCACCGGUGGGUUUGCCGUUCGUUGCUUGCUACCCACAGUUCCCAAAUUUGCACCAGAUUUGAUUUUGCUUUUGUUCUAAUGAGAAUCACUGAACUCACACUGGCGGCAGCUCAAGCAGUUAGACUCAAGUCCUUCGCACGCAAGAAGGGAGGUGACGCCAUGGCUGGGCUCACAGAGGAAAUGAAACAAUUGGCAGGCUUUCGCCGCGGCGUGCCCCUGCAGAACAACCACAGGGGUGCAACACUGGAAAACUCAGAGUACCUAGCUUCGAAGGAGAACGUUCAGCCUGUGGAGCUGGAGAAUUUGAAGAGAGUAUUCAAGUGGCUUGACACCAAGAAGGAUGACAGAAUUUGCUGGCAGGAGCUGUCAGAAGCACUUGUCAAACUUGGUGCCAAGACACCAAAAGAUCAGAUCGAGCUUUGGAUCUGGGAGGUGGAUGAUGAUUUGGAUCAGAUGGUAGGAUGGGACGAGUUCCUCACUAUGUACCAAAGGUGCAUAUCUGACCAGACAGGCUUCGAGCCCAGAAACCUCUUUAACUUGGUCCAGUUCUUGAUGUACGACAAGGAGUUCCAUGGCAAGAUCAGCGUGGAGCAGACCCUGCAGAUUAUUUAUGUCCGACACGGCAGAAGUAAUUUGGAUGAUGAGAUCACCGAAAUCUUCGGGCAGCAGCAGAAAGGCUCUGAUGGCCAAGAGUUGAAGAUCUCCUUCUCCCAAUAUUUAGCUUUGGGCUCAGAUGAGCUCAGAUGGGCUCAGGAGCACUUGAGCAAUACUUCGCUUGUCUCUAACCAUCGGCUUUUCAUGGGGGACACCAAUGAUUUGUCAAUUGCAUUGGGCCGCUUCGGCUAUUCUGCAAAGCGACUGAGCUUGCAUACAAUUUCGAGGCAACUGCCACCGCCUGCCAACAUUUACCAACAUCGGGAUGCGAUGGUAAAUGAAGUUCGGAAGAAUCUUGCUGAAGGAGAGUUGGCGCUGCAGCAGCAGCUGAGUCGGCAACAGGAACAACUUGAAGAGCUGCAGACACAGCAACGCACACGCUUCAAGCUAGCUCUUGAUUGCCAGGUCAAGGCAGAUGAAUAUGCUUUAAGCAAGAGACACAACGAGCAGCUCAUGCAGCUCCAACAGCAAGCCCAAGCGCGCCGAGCACAGCUCGAACAACAGGCAACCAGCUUGGUUUUGGAGUUUCAGCAGCGAAAGCUUCAGGAGGAGUUCUUCUUGCAGCAGAAAGAAAUCCAUAGGCAGCAUCAAGAAGAACAGCAGAGGUUAGGAAGUGAGCUGCAAAAGUUGGGCUGUUCAGGAGCACAAGCCCUGACACUAUUGGGCCCUCAAUUCUUUAAAGUGUCGAGACAAGCCAAAGAAUCGCCGUCUAGUUUGACACUGAGUCAUAUACCAAGCUUCACUACGCCGAAGGCAGCAUCUCUCACCACGCGGCCUUCCUUCCAGGUCUUCCAGAGCCAUGUCGGCUGCGGCUGUCGGCUCACUUUCAUUUGUCACGUAAACAUCCAAGUCCAAGCCCCUAAUUGACAGGCGAUAGCAGGACGAGUUGUUGGAAGCAUGCAACUACCGGCGGGAAUGAAUCGGUCAUCCUCAUGGGCCGGUCACGACUUGAGAAAACAAGAGGCAUCGAUCAAAGCUGUUUGAAGGCAUUUGAAGACCGUUAUUAUUGAUGUUUUAUUUUGCAUGCUUGAUGUGCUCUUGAAAUUCAGCUUUGCCUCAUGAGAUCUCAUGAGGAACCUCAAAGCUAAAACAUAGUGAAGCGACAUUGUAUUGGCAUAGAUUUGCCUUGUCAACAAAAGUCCUGGCAAGGGCGGAUGCGAUGUCCCUUCUUCCAGACUAAGGAAUCGAUAGCAGCAUAGGAAAAGAGUCUCAGUGCUUUCAGCAUGUUCACGAGCUUUUGCUAUGUUGGCAUCAUUGAACUUUAUUUGGUUUGACUGUAGCCUUCGUCGUAGUGGAUAUGACUCUUUGGGAU